AUGAGGAUAAUCUCCUGUCAGUUGACCCUUGCAGCUGUAGUUGUGAUUACACUCACUGUGGUGUCCUGCGUUGAGGCUAAGACUACCCCCAAACCAAAGUACCAGUACACUAAGAAGCCCGUCCCUCAGAUAACCAUGCACAGCCCUGUGACUACCAGCAUGCCCAAGACUCUCAAGACAGUCCCGAGCCAUAAACCUGUGGAGCCCCAACCCCCGCCUGCCACCGAGAAGACCACCUAUCCAAGUCAUGCGUUUCCGCAGUAUUACUCAGAGGGAACUGAGACCCCUGGUGUUGGUCCAGAUAACUACACCCUGGAUUAUAAUGAGUGCUACUUCAACUUCUGUGAGUGCUGUCCACCUGAGAGAGGGCCCAGGGGGCCCAAAGGAGACCGUGGGCUGGCAGGACCACCGGGUGAAAGAGGGAUGCCAGGGACAGUUGGUUUACCAGGAUCACAGGGAGUCAGUGGUCCUAUGGGGUUAAAAGGUGACAGAGGUGAAAAAGGUGACAGAGGAAGCAGCGGUACAGCAGGACCACCAGGGGUGCCUGGGAAACCAGGACAAAAAGGGGAUGUUGGCUCAAAAGGUGUGAAAGGAGAAAUAGGGUUGCAAGGACUCAAAGGAGGUAGUGGGGAAAAAGGGGAACCUGGCCUGAAUGGGACUGCUGGUGAGAAAGGAGAACCAGGUAAAGAGGGCCCAGCUGGACCUCCAGGAGUGACUGUUGAGUCAGGUCUUAAGGGAGACAAGGGGGAUAAAGGGGAGUGUGGCACGUUUGGGGAGAGAGGGCCAAAAGGUGAUAGAGGGGACACAGGGGCUCCAGGCAUCCCAGGAGGGAUGGGCAUCCCAGGAACUAAUGGCAAGCAUGGAACUCCAGGUCCUGUCGGGGUACGAGGGGAUCCUGGCCUUCCUGGCCCACAAGGAGAAUCUGGGGUCAGAGGACCUCAGGGACCAAUUGGGAUAAGAGGGAUGCCUGGACCAAAGGGGGACAGAGGUUACCCUGGAAUGCGAGGCGAUCGGGGCAUUCGUGGAAUGAAAGGAGCUAAGGGAUCAGGGCUUCCUCUGAAACGAUCUGCAUUUAGUGUAGGUAUUUCCCCAAGAAAGUCCUUUCCUCCCUCAGGCUUCCCAAUCCGCUUCGACAAAGUCUUCUACAACGAAGAGAACCACUUCAAUGUCACUUCCAACAGCUUCACAUGUGUUCAUGCGGGGGUUUAUGUCUUCUCCUUCCACAUCACUGUACGGAAUCAGCCUCUGCGAGCCACACUAGUAGUAAAUGGAUCACGACGGGUAAGGACACGGGACUCUCUGUACGGCCAAGACAUCGACCAGGCGUCCACUCUGGUGGUGCUGCAACUGGUGGUAGGUGAUCAGGUGUGGAUGGAGACCCUUAGAGAUUGGAAUGGGGCUUACGCGAGCAGUGAGGAUGACAGCAUCUUCUCUGGAUUCCUGCUUUACUCAGACAAAGCCUGAAACCUCCACUGAAAACUUCUUUUUUUUAUUGGACCUUUUCAAUUUGACUCUUUUUUAACUGCAAA